GCCGGAGAGGAAGCGGUCGCCGCCGACCAGCGGGGCAACUCGGACGGCAGCGUGUGAGGAGCCGGGGGCGGGCGGGGGCGGGCCGUCCCCACCGCUCCGCCACCGCCCGGGGGCUCGAGCCCCGGCGCCCUCGGCUGCCCAGACGUAACCUUUUGUUGUCCCUCUCUCCCUCCCUGCGCGCUUUGACAGUGUAGACGAUGCCAGCCAUCAACAUCGAGGACCUGAGCGAGAAGGACAAACUGAAAAUGGAAGUGGAGCAGCUCCGGAAAGAAGUGAAGCUGGAGAGGCAGCCGGUGUCCAAGUGCUCCGAAGAGAUCAAGAACUACAUCGAGGAGCGGUCGGGCGAAGACCCGCUGGUGAAGGGGGUUCCCGAGGACAAGAAUCCCUUCAAGGAGAAGGGAGGCUGUGUCAUCGCCUAGAAGAACGGCCCCUGCGCCUGCCCCCGGAGCAGACAUUGCUCCUAUACCCCUACGGAGUCACUAGCGUGUCCCUACCACCACCGGUCCGUGUUGAACGAGCACAGGAGCGGAUUUCUUGUUAUUUUCUAUUUCUCCUUACAAAAAUACAGAAACCCACCCGAAAGCUGCCGAGACCCGCACAGGCCGCUCAGCAGGGCCGGCUGUGCCCUGCUCCCCGGCGGGGCCGGCUCCUGUCGCUGCGCGGGGCCCUUUCGCCACCCGCUUGUCGGUCGCUUCAUGGCUGUUCGUUGGCAUUAAAGAAAACCUGCCCGUAA